AUGUUAGAAAAUCCAGAAACUACAAGGGAAGAUGUAGUAGACAUAGACCCUAUGGUAUCUGGUUACAAUUCAGAAGCCUCAGAAAUAUUCGAUAAGGAUCUACAAACCUUGAGAGAGUUGGCAAGAAAAAGUGCUGAACGUGCGAAAGAUACCUCUACAAAAACCAGAGCUCCUAUCAAAAAGGCCACUUACAGCCCAUCACCUCUUCUCAACUACUGGAAAAUUAAUAAGUAUAAGCAAGGCUUUCAAGUAUGCAAAAGUCUGAUGCUUAGAACUUUAUUCAAUAAUAGAUGCAGAGAAAAGAAAGUCUUGGGAAUGGAUAUGCCAGUACAAUUAACAAACCAGACAAUUAUAGAUAUAAAUUGGACUAUAAAAAAUCUGAGAGAGAAAAAUAGAAGUCCAGCAUGGAUGCCCUCACAAGUAAUGGCACUAUUUGUGGACAUGUCCACAACAGGUUGGUCAGCGGCUAUAGAGAAAAAAUGGGCUUUUGGAAAUUGGGAUCGCUGUCACGAGUAUAUAGAUAUUGCAGUUCUAGAGUCUAUGGCAAUCCUUCUUGGCCUCGAAUCAUUCGUACCAACCAUUGCAGACCAUUAUGUAACAGUUUUCAUAGACAAUCGAGUAGCCAGAAAGACGGUGGAAUCAGGAGAGAAAAGGCCUUGGCAGAAAGAAAUAGUGCAGGAAGUGCCUUCUCAACUAAACCUAGCAGACGAGUUAACAAGAUCAUUCGAUGAAACAGAUUGGACGCUUUCUCAAGAACUGUUCGACCUCAUAAAUCAAAGAUGGAGACCUUUUUCGAUAGAUUGA